AUGUCUUCACCCAACUACAAUAAAUUAGGUAGUAUUACUAUUAAAAGAUUUGGAGUUAAGGCUAACCCAAAAUAUUUAAAAGAUCCUUCCGCAUUAAAAUCAAUUUCUUCCGCAAUUUAUGAGUUAUCUUCAUUCGUUGCUCAUAAAAUUCCUACAACAUUAAACACACUACUUCUAGUAUUGGGAUAUCCGGAUGGUUUCCAGAUUUGGGAUAUUUCAAAUGUAGAUAAUGUUAAUGAAUUAAUCUCAAUUAGAGAUGAUGAAAAAAUUGGUGAAGUAAAAGUCGCAAAGAUAAUACCAAAUCCGCGUAUUGCUUCCAAAGACGAUAUAGAUGAAUAUGCAGAUCAACAACACUCGUCAAAAGAGAGUUAUAAUAGUCAAGAUCACUUAUAUAAAUCAACACCACUAUUUCCUCCCAAACCAAAAACGGUUUUACAUUUGUUUUCCCUGAGAACUCAUGAAAUUGUAAAAACUGUUGAUGGUAUAGAUGAAGGAAACAUUGUUGGAAUUAAGUGUAAUGAAAGAGUUAUAGCCUUGGGUACAACAAACCCUUCAAGAAUUUCGAUAUACUCUACACUAAAUUUAUCACCAAUGUAUACACUAAAAGAUGUUGCACUACACCCAAUAUCAAAAACUCCCAUAUUUACACUCGGGUUAAGAUUAAUUGCCUAUGCAACCACCAGUUUUCCACCUGAAAAUAAUAUAAAGAAAAAAAAAGAUGUUGGAUAUUAUUUGGGUGAAGUUGCCAAAGGUGUUGCAAAUGUUGUAAGCGGUGUGAAAUUUUUAGGUGAUUAUGGAUUUCAAACACUUUCGUCAUAUUUUGGCAAUCCAUCAAAUUCACACACUAACAUUAAUAAGACACCAUCAUCAGUCACUAUGCCAAUCAAUAUUAAAAAUCAUAAUGGUACAAUUAGUCCAAUAUCAUUUAAUUCAUCAUCACCUCAACAAAGUCCAUCGUCAAAUAAUAUUAAUGGUAUUCAUCAUCACCAUCACCACCAAAGAAAUAUUCACAACAAUGGUGGAAGUAUUGACAUGGUAAAUGGUUUACAUAAUAAUGAAACAGAAAAGGAAAACGGCGCAAUUGGCACAAUUAUAAUUCAUCCAAACAUUAUAGCGCAUUUUACACCUCACACACAUCCAGUUGGUUACUUGUCAUUUAAUCCAUCCGGAACAUUUUUAUACUCCACUUCAACCCAAGGUCAUCAAUUUCAUGUGUUUGAAAUAUUUGGUAACAAUAAAUAUCGACGAGUUGCCAAUGGCGGAGUUGGUAAUAAUAUUGGUGGCAGCAGAAGUGUUAAAAGAGUUUAUAAAUUAUCAAGAGGUAUAACCGAUGCUAUUGUUGGUGAAGGUGGUGUUUGCUGGAGUGAAGAUUCUAGAUGGUGUGGGGUGGCUACUGGUCGUGGCACUAUACAUAUUUUUGCCAUAAAUCCCUACGGUGGUUUGACUCAUAUACCCUCUCAUCUAUCAGGAUGGGUUAUUAAUUUACAAGAACCUUCCUACUUAUCAUCAAGCACUUUGUCACCUGUUGUACGUAUAAAACCACGUACACCUUUACCACAAGAUCCAACUGAAUCUAUCGACAACGUAAAUAACAUUAAUGAUGACGAUUUGAUUUUUCAUCAACAACAACAUUUUGAUAAUCAAGUUCAAUAUAUGCAACAACAGUCGUUACCAUCACAAUUGCCACUUGUAAUACCACACCAUCAUUUACGUAAACCGCCAGGGAUUUGCUUCAAAUUUAUACCAUCUUUAUCAUCAACCACCUCUUCUAAAUCAAGUCUUAGCAACGAUAAUAAAAUCAAUAAACAUUUGAAUGCAAAUUUACACGAAAAACGUCAAGUAAGGAAGAGAUCUUCUAUACCCAAUCCUUCUUCACCAUCUGUUACGUCAGCUUCAUUAUCACCAAGUUCAUCAUCUGCACAAUCCUACAAUAGUAAUUAUCAUCAACAAACUGAAAAAUUAGAAGAUGUUGGGUACCAAGAUUUAUGGAGUUUUCAUCCAACUGGUGUAUUAACACUACACAGAGUUUGGUUAGAAAGUGUAAUUUUAGGUGGGCAAUUAGCUGGUGGCGCAGCAGCUGUAGCUAAUGUUGGUAGAGUGUUAGUUGAUGGAGCGACAGGUGUUGUUAACAUGGACGUUGUUGGUAAUAAAUGGCUUGCAAAUGCUGAAAUAGAAACUUAUACCAACUCUAGAUUGUCGUUACCACCACCAUUAUGGGAAUGUCCACAAUUUACACUUCAAAUUUUUACUGCAGGAUUCAACGAUUACAUAAAUAAAGGCAAUGUCCCGUUGGCGAACAAAGUUGAUAUUCGUAAUCCUUUAUUAAGUACAGGAUAUUUUGGUGGUGUUGUUGGAAAGGAUAGUAGUAGCAAGAAUAGCAGUAAUAAUAAAGGACGUAAUAAUCAGAAUGGAUUACAUAAAGAAAAUCAACAGCAUGAUCAAUCUAGGGAAUCUGAUAUUGACUUAUCAGAACUUUCAAGUGCUAUUGACACAAAGCUUGAUCUAUCAACAUCAAGUGAAGUCGCCAUCGGCAACAAGAAUGGCAGUGAUGGUAACAAUUUUGAUUUAAAUGAUAAUAAUAAUAAAACAACGACUAUCCCCAUAACAACUACUGCAAAUACCGAUAGUAAUGAUACUGAAUUAAUUAAACCAUAUUCAAUACCUUAUGUUAUUAAUCCUAAAUCAUCUCAAUCAUUGACAGCAUCAUUAUUGACACCACAUAAUAGUUCAGAAUUCGAUGAUAUCAUUAAAGAAGAACAAGAACAAAAACCAAUUACCGCUAUUACUAAUAAUACUUCAACUGGAAAAAAUAGUUACGAUUUUAGUAAUGAGUUUAGUGAUUCAUUGUUCGGAUCAGGAGAAUUUGAAAGCUCAUUUUUAUUUUCAAAUGAUGAUAAUUUAAGUAGCGUAAGAAAUGAUGAGCAACAUAUAAAUGAAUUGGUUUAA